UGCUGCACCUCCGAGAAGCCUCCAUCUGUCGCCUCCCUGGUCCGUAGUUCUCCCGGCAUAUUCCAAACGUCUCCGUGUUCCCUUCCUCUCCCAUAACCAUCCCCGAACGGUAGCGAGAUCGACGCUACCCAGCGAACCAUGGCGGCCCGUAAGAGGCGUGCCCCAGGAGCCUCGCCGCUCAUACCACAACCACCGCCUGAAAUCCAGAGCAAUAUCUACACAUCGGCAGGCGCGCCCAUCAUUGGGGAUCAAUUCCCUCAUAGUUGGAACGCUGGGGUAGAAGGUGACCUGGGGACCGCCUUUGUGGAUAAUGGUCUGUACGACUACGCAGGGAGUUUAGGGGCUACAGGCGGACAACCAAACCGCAGCCGCGUCGUCUCUCUAGACGGCAUGAGCGAUAUCGCCGCGCCAGCUGCUGAAAUGAACUCGGGACAGCUGGUCCGGCGAAACCCGAACCAACAACUUGCGGCAAGGCGCCCUGCUCCCUGGGAGACCAUGAACAACGAUUUACAGGGCGAUUGGCACCACCAAGAUGACGAGGACGAGGAGCUAGAACAGAAGGCUUUGCUGGCGAAGAAGGAGGCACUUGCGAAGAAGAAGACUAUACCCCCUUUCGUCCAGAAACUCAGCAGUUUUCUGGACGACAACCGAAAUUCCAAUCUCAUCCGCUGGUCAGAUAGUGGCGACUCCUUCAUAGUAAUAGACGAGGAUGAGUUCGCCAGAACUCUCAUUCCGGAACUCUUCAAACACAACAACUACGCCUCCUUCGUUCGGCAGUUGAACAUGUAUGGCUUCCACAAGAAGGUUGGCUUAUCGGACAACUCCAUGAAGGCGAGCGAGCUGAAGGCCAAAGCCCCCAGCGAGUACUACAACAAGUAUUUCAGGCGAGGCCGGCCCGAGUUACUGUGGUUGAUACAAAAGCCCAGCAAUAAGUCCUCAAGCGCCAAGCGGAAAAGGGAAGAUGACGGAAAGCAUGGUGACAGCGAGGAUGAACGGAGAUAUGUGCAAGAUACUGGAGGAGGCGGCGGCCAUUACGGAGGAGAUCUUAGCGUACACGGCAACACCGAGAUGGCCAUGAUUCCCCGCACAGAGUAUAACAGCCUUAGAAAGGAAGUCCAGGCUUUGCAACAACAACAGAAGGUCAUCUCCAACGUGUUGGGGUCAAUACGGCGGCAGAAUGACCAACUUUAUCAGCAAGCGACCGCUUUUCAGACGUUACAUGAAAGACACGAGAACUCCAUAAACGCCAUUCUCACAUUCCUCGCCACUUUCUACAAUCGUUCCCUGGAAGGGAACGGUGGCGCCAACCUCGCAGACCUGUUCCAUCCCAACAUGAAUCAACAACAACCCCGCGGUAAUGUCGUGGACGUUGACGAAUUCUCGGAGAAGAAUUUUACCAAGUCUCCUCAAAUGCAGAUGCAACGGCACAAUAGGAGAUCCUUACUCCUUCCCGCACCUGCCGCCAAGGAUGGCCCAGGCAAAGGGGUGGACCGAGCAGCUACUCUUAGCCCGUCAGCUCUGUCCUCAACCGGGAGCCCGAUCCCCAAGGCCAGGAAUUCGCAGUCCAUCUUCCGAUCUCCAGCGAUGUCGAGGAGUACGUCAAGCUCCGCGGUAAUGAAUACUCAGCCGGUAGCUGGUACGACUUCACAUAUCCAACCCAAGGUCGAAACUGCUCCCACCCCAGACGUAUUGCAAUCACUCCCUGAAGCCGAAGAGGUCAUGUCCGCUAUUCAAAACGUCAAUGCAAGCACUUCCCAAUCUGCAACAACACCGACCAUCGACCUUCCCGCGGCGCUUCAGAGUUACGCCCAAGGCAACACACCUCUCACUCCCCAAGAACGCAACGACGUCCUCUCCCUCAUGGCCAACAGCACUUCCGCAGCGUCAACCAACUCCUCCCUUGUCCGCAAUACCAACAACGCCAUGGUCAAUCCGCAACCGCCUACCAUGCCCGAUCUCAGCCAAUUCGCCGAAACGCAAGCCCAACUUGACCUCCUUCAGAAGAUGUCGGAAGAACAAAACGCCCGCGUGCAGUCUCUCCAGGAACGCCUUCAGCCUCUCAGCCCCAGCGGAACCAUCCCGGGCCUCUCAGACAACUCGUACUUUGGCAGCACGGCCAACCUGGGCGAGCCCGGCCAGUACGAUCUCAACAACUUCGACAGCUUCAUUGAGGGAGACGACUUUUUCACACAGAUCAGUGAGGCUGCCGCAGAUGCGCCGACGGGUGUUGCGACGGGUGCAGUUGCGAAUGAUGGGACUGCACUGCCGGAUUUCAAUCUUGAGGAGUUGGCUGGGACGGCGGGUGCAGGGGUUACGGAGCAGCAGCAGCAGCAGUCGAAUAUAAAUGGGACUUACGGCGGCGGAAAUGACGACCUCUUUGGCUUGGAUGGGUCGAAUGACCAGUCGCGAGUGGAGAGCUUGAGCAGUUCGGCUGCGAGCCCGGCGGUCACGAGUGGGGAUGCGGAGGAGGAGGAUGUGGAUGAGAUGGACGAGAAGAGGCAAAGGGUCUAAGGAGUGGCUUGGUGUCGAACGAAACGAUGGUGAUGAUGGGACGCAUGGCAUGAUGGGACGGGCUCGACUUGGACGUUUAGGCUUGGCAGAUUUCUGCGGAGUUGGAGAUUCCCUUUUGGUGCUCAUUUUUUUUGGGA